AUUUAAAAAUAAAUUUAGGCUUCGGCCAAAAAAAAAUUCUUUAAAAAAAAUUCCAGUAUCUUGUGAAAUACAAUAAGAAAAAAAUUACAUUUUACUAAUUAAAAAUGAGCCAUUAAUCCGGAAUAUGAUAAAUCCUUUUCGAAAUGGUUUCAAACAAAUUUCCAAACGUCUUCAAACGUAUAGAUGCAGAUUAAAUCCGCUGCAAAAAUUGAAACCAUCGCUUACGGAAUCCCUAAAAGUUGCCGCUUAUACAUCAAGCGCUUUUUUAGCUGGAGUUAUAGCUAAAAAAAUUUUAGACGAUCCCGAUAAUUUUUUGGCUAUUAAAAAAGUCGAAGCUUUGGGUAAUAGUUCACUCAGAAAUCAAUUCAACUUUAUAGGUCAUGUUGUUAAGAAAUGCGCACCUGGAGUUGUUUACAUCGAAAUCCAAGAUCCGAAACGGAUUGAUCCGGAAACGAACGAUUCUUUAAUAAUUUCGAACGGUUCCGGAUUUGUAAUCAGAUCGGACGGAUGGAUUUUGACCAACGCUCACGUAGUGAUCAACAAACCAAAGUCGUUAAUCACCGUGAAAAUGCACAACGGAUCAGUUUUUCAAGCGACUGUUGAAGAUGCCGAUAUGAACAUUGAUUUGGCUUUAAUCAAAAUUAAUAGUCCCGAACCUUUACCAACGUUACAAUUUGCCAAACCCGACGAUCUUACCGUUGGCGAAUGGGUUGUCGCUUUAGGCAGUCCAUUAUCUUUAAGUCACAGUGUUACAGCAGGAAUUAUAAGUUCAGUAAACAGAGCGGCUAGUGAAUUGGGAUUAAGAAAUCACUCGAUGCAAUACAUACAAACAGAUGCUUCGAUUACUUUUGGAAAUUCUGGUGGGCCCCUUGUGAAUUUAGAUGGGGACGUCAUCGGCAUUAAUAAUUUAAGGAUAACAGCUGGGAUUUCUUUCGCAAUUCCAAUUGCAUAUGCAAGGAAAUUUUUGGAUAACGGCAAACACCCAUUAAGUAAAAAUGGUGGAGCUAAACCGAUCGAUUUGAAAAAAAAUCUUGGGAUGACCACUUUACCCAUAACGGCUUCAAUUUUAGACGAUGUCUUUGAAAUGCAAAAAUUUGAGGGUAAAAAAUGUGAGAUUCAAGGUGUUCUAAUUUAUAAAGUUGUCGAUAAUUCACUUGCCUACAAGAGUGGUUUAUUAGCUGGAGACAUUAUAACUCGAGUUGAUGGAGUUACAGUCCAAACAGCUGGUGAUAUUUAUUCGAAAAUAGAUGGAAACCGAAAAAUAACGUUGGAACUUCUCAGAAAUGGACAACCUAUCGAAGUUACUAUGGAUAUUGGUUGCAUUAAAGAUUUACCUAUAUUAUGAAACAAACAUUUUCGAUCUUAUGUCCAAUAUUAAUAAAGAACUCAAAACCUAUUAAA